CCCUAUAUCAGUAGUUCCCAAACUACCGUACGCGUACCCUCGGGGGUACGCAAGUGGCUGUAGGGGGUACGCGUGGGUUGGGGUUGGAGUGGGGAUCAAAAGUUUUAAAAGCCGAAAUUUGCGCUAAUGCAGUUUUAUUUGCCUGUCAAAUACAUGACUAUAUACCACCCUCUGGUGUUCAGCAAAAAAAUAGCUCUGACAAAAUACAUGGGCGUGAUUUGCCCAAAUGACUGACACCUAACAGUUGAAGUUGCCUCCAAGCAUUCAGUGCAGCGCGAAAAUGGACAAGUGGUUAACAAGAAAAAAAGGCCCUACCACAGAGACACCGGCCACAACAACCAAUAAGCUCAUAUCUGAAGAUGCAUUUUCCAGUGACCGCACAGGUGAUUGUUCAACAACAAUGUGUUCGUCAGAUUUGGAUGCUAGCAGUGCUAGCAGGGAUGUAUCUGUGGUUACUAGCCAAGUGGCUAACAUAGCUGGAGCCAGCCAUGUGGAAAGUGAUGAAGUGUCUGAUGCAGAGCGUCAAAGUGGGAGAAAGCAUGACAGCUCGGACUGUAACACAACCUCAUCAAAGAAGCGCAAAUAUGAUGACAAUUAUAUUUCGCUGGGGUUUACGUGUAUAAAUAUUGGUGGAUUUCCCCAGCCACAGUGUGUUAUUUGUGCAAAAGUAUUGUCUCAGAACUCAAUGAAACCUUCACUUUUGCGCAGACAUUUAGAGACAAAUCAUCCCCAUUUGAAAAAUAAACCAAGGGAAUAUUUUGAGCGACAGCUAAAAUCACUUUCAACAAGUAAAACCUGCAUUCAGGUGCCAGAUCUUAUGAAUAAAAACAGACUACAAGCAUCGUACAUGGUCAGUUACAGAGUGGCUAAAAACAACAAACCCCACACUAUUGUGGAGGACCUCAUUCUCCCUGCUGCUUUAGAUAUGGUAGGGACAAUGUUGGGGGAAAAGGCAAAAAAGACGAUACAGUCCAUUCCAUCAUCAAACAAUACUGUCUCACGGCGCAUCAAUGCAAUGUCAGAAAAUGUUUUACAGCAGCUACUUCUGCGCAUACGCCACAGUGAAUGUUAUGCAAUACAGCUAGAUGAGUCCACGGAUGUGGCUGGCCUGGCGCAUCUUCUCGUAUAUGUGCGCUACAUUCAUGAAGGAACCAUCAAGGAGGACAUGCUGUUCUGUAAACCACUGGAACAAAGGACAACUGCCGCAGAUAUUUUUCAAAAGCUGGACACAUUCAUGAACACACAUGGACUCGUGUGGGACAGAUGUGUUGGCAUCUGUACUGAUGGCGCACGGGCCAUGACUGGGAGACACGGAGGUGUGGUUUCGCGUGUGCAAGCAGUCGCGCCAGAUGCCUCCUGGGUACACUGCAGCAUCCACCGAGAGGCUCUUGCUGCAAAGGGAAUACCUGUCCGUUUGAAACAUGUUUUGGACACGAGUGUAAAAAUGGUUAACUUUGUGAAAGCCAGGCCGCUGAACUCCCGCUUAUUUGCUGCGUUGUGCAAUGAGAUGGGCAGCGAGCAUGAGACAUUAUUACUCCACACAGAGGUUCGCUGGCUAUCUAGAGGGAAAGUGCUGACCCGUUUCUUUGAGUUGAGGGAUGAACUUAAAGUUUUCUUCAGUAACCAUCCCUUUGAGCUGUCUGAACAUUUGCAUGAUGAAGAGUACCUUACCUGCCUGGCUUAUCUGUGUGAUAUAUUUUCUCGUCUGAACGAGCUCAAUCUCGGAUUACAAGGCGUUUCUGCAACUAUAUUCAAUGUUCAAGAUAAAGUUGAGGCCAUGAUAAAGAAGUUAAACCUUUGGAAGAACUGCUUGGAUACAAACAACACUGAAGUCUUUCCUGUGCUGCAUGAUUUUCUGUGCUCUAAUGAUCUCACACUAUCUAAAAGUGUAAAGCGCGAAUGUAACGUGCACCUUGAGGAGCUGGCGGUGCAGUUACGCCGAUACUUCCCAGAGACGGACGGCUCAAAUGAUUGGAUACGUCACCCGUUCACCGCUGUGCCUACUUCGUUAUCACCGUCUGACCAGGAGAGCCUAAUUGAAAUUGCCACAGAUGGAUCUCUAAAAGUUGAACACGCUCAAAAGAACCUGGCGGAUUUCUGGAUAGGGCUGCGCACUGAACAGCCCGCGCUGGCUAAGCGCGCUGUCAAGACUCUGAUGCCUUUCGCCACCACAUACUUAUGCGAAAGGGGAUUUUCUGCUUUAACAAACAUGAAAACAAAAUACAGAGCAAGACUUUGUGUGGAAAACGAUUUAAGACUCAGCCUUUCCCAAAUUGAGCCAAACAUUGAAGAGCUGUGUGCCUCUGCUCAAGCACAUCCAUCACAUUAAAUAAAGUUCUGUUUAAUGAAAGUUCAUGGCCUUUAUGCUCUCGACAAAAAAGUGAAUUCUAAUAAAUCCUUUGAUACACUGCUAGUAUUAAGUAGUAAAGUUUGUUAUUAAAACUCUGUCAUUACUAAAAAAUAUUGAUAAAUUCAUUUGGUGGUGAGAAAUAAUCGACUGUGCAGUAUUUAUUUUUAUGCAUGCGAUAUUGCAAUGUAUUUAUAGACACUAAUUA